AUGUCCUAUGACCGCUACGUUGCCAUCUGCAAGCCCCUGCACUACGGGAGCUUGAUGGGCAGCAGAGCUUGUGCCACCAUGGCAGCAGCUGCCUGGGGCUCAGGGGCUCUCAAUGCUCUGCUGCACACUGCCAACACAUUUUCACUGCCUCUCUGCCAAGGCAAUGCUGUGGAUCAGUUCUUCUGUGAAAUACCCCAACUCCUCAAGGUCUCCUGCUCAGAAUCAGACUACCUCAGGGAAACUGGAUUUAUUGUGCUUAGUGUUCUUGCCAUAUUUGGGUGUUUUAUAUUCAUUGUUGUGUCCUAUGUGCAGAUCUUCAGGGCCGUGCUGCGGAUACCGUCUGAGCAGGGACAGCACAAAGCCUUCUCCACGUGCCUCCCUCACCUGGCUGUUGUCUCCCUCUUUGUCACCACUGACUUUCUGGCCUACCUGAAGCCCUCCUCCAUCUCCUCCCCCUCUAUGGACCUGGUGGUGUCAUUUCUGUACUCUGUGGUGCCUCCAACACUGAAUCCCCUCAUCUACAGCAUGAGGAAUCAGGAGCUCAAGGAUGCAGUGAGGAAAAUGAUGUCAUGGACAAAUAUCAGCAGGGGUCGUCUUCUCAUCUGUCUGAAUAAAUGA